UUUAUUAUUAUAAAAAAAUAUGAAUUUGUUUAGUUAAAAGACUAAAUAAGACAAUGUUAAAAUUAAAAUUCAAUAAUAUUAAUCGUUAAUAUGUUUAAAAAAAUGGAAUUACGAUCUUGUCUCUUAUAGUGUCAAUAAUUGGUGCUUUUACCUUAGUUGAAUUUUAGUUUUUAUAUUAGUUACAGUCGUAAAAUAAAAUUGGUUAUGGUAAGACUAGUGAAAGGUGAAAGCGUCAGAUAGUACACAUGAUUCUUAUACCCCUACCAUUAGCCGAAAAGAGGACACUCAAUACGCUCUCAGCAGUCUGUGGUUUUACUGAUGCAGACUUAGAUAUAUUUAUUUUAUACUAAACCUCAGUUGUUUUAUCAAAACUAUUUUUUAUAUUUUCGGUCAUCCCAUGGAAUGAUGUUCUUCACAAUUAUAUAUCAAACUGCGCAAUUAUAAAUAAUAAUAUAGUACAAACUGAGUAUAAUAAAUUAGUCUAAAUAUUGUAAGAGUUCUCAGUUAUGUAAAACUUUUACACUAAAAAUAUAAUAAUGUUUAAAUAAAGUUUUGUCGUUUUGGUGAUCCUUAGUAUCAUAAACAUCAUAAUCGCUUUCAAAAUAUAGACCAAAAGAUAUUUCUUAAGUAUAACACCAAUCAAAUAAGGUUAGCUUUUAUGAUUUUGCGAAGCAAACAACCAAGAAUCUACAAACUAAAAGAAACCAUUCGUAAAUAUAAAAUCAAUACUGUGCAUUAAUUUAUUAAGUCAAAGAAUUGCUAAUAAAUUUUUACUACAAAAAUAAAAAUUAAUUGUAAAAAAAAUUUUUCCAUAAAAAUAUAUAUACAACAAAUGAGUAAAGGCGCGAAUGGUUAAAUUUAAAAAAUGCACGACAAAACUGAAGACACACCUGGAAUUAAUUUUAUAAAAAAUAUUUUUUCAUCACGACGUUUUAAUUUACCAUCAACAACAGACCUCACUGGGACAACAGUAGUAACAAAGUUAAAUAUUAAUAAUAGUAAAAAUACAAUAACUAAUGAAAUUGGUAGUUUAGGAUUAAUUCCACAAUCGCGUCCGCCAAACUUACCCGCCAAAAAUUCUCGAGAAGAAUCAUUACACCGUAAACAACAUGACGCUAUUCUGGAUGGAAUAAAAAAACGUGAAUUACGUGAACAAGAAGAUAAUAAUAAAAAACGUGCUCAACAGUUAAAAGAUGAAAAUAAACUAUCGUCAAAUUUACAGUAUUGGUAUCAAAAAGUAAUACCAAAUUUCAAUCAACUCAAAUCGACCACCGAGGUACAUGAUUUAUGGUGGCAAGGGAUUCCAUCAGCUGUUCGAGGGCGUAUUUGGUGUCUAGCCAUUGCUAAUAAUUUAAAUUUAACUGCCGAAAUAUUCGUAGGUUGCGUAAAACAGUUUAACACCACUAAUCACAUAGAAUCAGCAUCAAUCAAAUUAGAUAUCACGCGUACAUUUCCGUCAUUACAAAUUUUUCAAAAAGACGGACCACUAUUUGAAUCUCUUUACAAUUUAUUAGCCGCAUAUUGUAUUUUCAAACCAGAAAUUGGGUAUGUACAGGGUAUGAGUUUUAUUGGAGCCAUGUUAAUACUUAAUAUGGAUGCUACUGAUGCAUUUAUUUGUUUAGCUAAUUUAUUUAACAAUAAUUUAUAUCAUAACACAGCCUUCACAUUAAAUGAAAUUAAAAUUAAUAAUUAUUGGAGUAUUUAUAAUGAAUUAUUAUUUAGAAAUUUACCUUGUUUACAUAAACAUUUUUUCGACAUCAAUUUAACACCAGAUUUUUAUUUACUUGAUUGGUUAUUUACAAUUUAUGCUAAAGCAAUGCCACUGGAUGUGACAAGUCGAAUUUGGGAUAUUUUUGUGCGUGAUGGCGAUGAAUUUUUAUUUAAAACUGCCAUUGGUAUUCUAAUACUAUACAAAAACGAAUUACUGAGCAUGGAUUUCGUGCAUGUUGCACAGUUUUUAAUCAAACUACCAGAUACCAUUAAGGUUGAUGAUUUGUUUAAAUGUAUUAAGUGGGUUAAUAUGAAAAUUGGUGAUAGAACUUUUGAUCAAAUGAUUUUAUUAGUGUAAAUAAAUAUUUUAUUGAUUUGAAAAAAUAUUUAAUUCCUUAUAAGCAUCUGAAGAAGUAAGACUCCGUAUUUUAAACGAUGGCUCAUCUUUUCCAAAUAUUUAGUUGGCUAUUCAUAGCAUAAAAGUAUACAAAAUGUUAUAAUAUAUAUUAGGGUGCUUUGUUUGAGAUAAACAUGUUUUUUUUUAGCGGACACAAAAAAAUUUUGUUGUUUAUGUUGAGGAAAAAAUUCCCUGAAAAUUUCAGCUCUUAAUUUUAAUUUUAAGUACUUCAUCUCGAGCAUCAAAGUUUUUCCAUUUAAAAAGCAUGUAAAUCGAAUAAUUUUUUUUUUUAUUGCUACAACUUAACCAGAUUCUAAUCUAUCGUUUUGAAACCAGUUUUUAUUUGCAGUCCUAGCAGACCUGAGUUACCGUAAAUUUACGGUAUUUUUACCGCAAAUCUACCGUAGAAUACCGUAAAAUUCGAGUAGAUUUACCGUAAAUUACGGUAAAUUCACCGUAAAUUACGGUAAAUCGGUACUUUACGGUGGAUUACUGUAAAUUACGGCGGGUAUACCGUAAAUUUACCGUCGAAUACGAUGAAUCUACCGUAAAAAAUUCUGGAUUACCGAAUUACCGUAAUUUACGGUGGAUUACCGUAUUUCCGUAUUUUACGGUAAAUUCGCCGUAGAUUACGGUAAAUCCACCGUAAAUUACGGUAAAACCACCGUAAAUUACGGUAAAUCCACCGUAAUUUACGGUAAAUCGGUAUUUUACGGUGGAUUACCGUAAUUUACGGUGAGUUUACCGUAAUUUGGGUCCGUUAGGGAGAGUAUUUAUUAAUUUUUGAAAUUCUGUAAGACAAUUUCGUUCUAAUUCGAUCCAUGUCGAUUGUAUCAGCUCCGAAAGUCAAUUUUUCUUUUUUUCAUAAAUUUUUGUUAAUAGUGAAAAAACGGCUCAUCUGACGAAAAAUAUGAAUAUUGCCAACCUUUUGGUAAAUUGUGUCCUCUACAAAAUUGUUUAUUGCAUUUAUAUUGCUAAAGUGUAUUGUUCAUGAGAUACAAGCAGUUUCACAUUUGACAGUAUAAAAGUUGUAAGCUUAAUAUAGUACAAAUAUUUUCUACUGUAAAAUGUUGAACUGCUCGUAUCUUAUAAACAGUGCACUUUAGCAUUAUAAGAGUAAUGAACAAUUUUGUAGAGGACACGAGAUUUCCUCAAAGAUUGGCAAUAUUCAUAUUUUUCGUCAGAUGAGCCGUUUUUUCACGAAUAACAAAAAUUUAUGAAAAAAGAGAAAAAUUGACUUUCGGAGCUGAUACAAUCGACAUGGAUCGAAUUAGAACAAAAUUGUCUUAUAGAAUUUUAAAAAUCAAUAAAUACUCUGCAAAUCAAAACUGGUUUCAAACGAUGGCUUAAAAUCUGGCUAAGUUUUAGUAAUUUAAAAAAAAAGUUAUUCGAUUUACAUGUUUUUUAAACGGAAAAACUUUGACGCUCGAGAGGUAGUACUUAAAAUUAAAAUUAAGAGCUGAAAUUUUCAGGGAAUUUUUUUCUCAACAUGAGCAACAAAAUUUUUUUGUGUCCGCUAAAAAAAAAAUGUUUUUUAAACAAAGCACCCUAAUAUAAAUAUAUAUGGCUCACCGAGUGAAACAAAACUAAAAAUCGACAAUUAAUUAUUUGAGCAGUAGAUGUCUUUUUUAAUUGAUAAAUAAUUUGAUAGAUAUUUUUGUUUUUUUAUAGGCUAUAAUUAGAGGAUCUUCUGUGCUGAUAAAUAAAGAUUUCUUUACUUUUAUUUAUGUAAAUUAACUCUAAGGCUGGGUCGUACCUAACGAAUUUUCGAAUUUUAGAUUUCUACUAAUAUAUUAAUUAAUCAUCAUUACAGCGAUUUUUUAGCUUCUGACCAAAAGCUGAAGAUGAACUUCUUCGGAAGAUUUUCAUCAUUCGAGUCCAAUAUAUAUUUACAUUGUAAUUAAAAAUCUCAAUUUCAAGAUUUCGUUAGGUACGUCCCACCCUUAAGGGUAGCUAACUCACUUCACUUCUUGAACUUACGAACAUUGAGCUGGGCCUGUAGUUGUUUUGUCCAAGCUUUUCGCUUAAACAAAAACUCUGAACACAUAAAGAACGAGGCUCGAUGUAUUGUUCUAUAAUUUAACAAGCUUCGGGCUAGUAUUAAAAUUCUUUUGAAUCGAUGAAAGUGUGGCACGUCGUCCAAUAAACUUUUCUCGAAAGCUAAAAUAGGUAUACUUCCGACAGGCUCGAAAAAUUUGAAAAUUAUUGAUUAUAUCAUAUUAUGUGCCUAACUGAAUUUUGAAGUUAUAGUUCAAAUUUUUUUUCAAAUGUUGAUAGAGAACUAAUUGAGAAAAUUUGAGUAAUUUAUUAACUUUUUACGAAAGUAUCAUAUUUCUCUUUCUAAUUGUGAUCAAAAUUCAUACGUACGACUAAAAAUCGUCAAAUAAUUUUUUUUGACAUUUACAAAUAUCGCAAAUUAUUUGACAUACACAUAUAUAUUUAAUCAGAAAAAUUUAAAAGACUGAGAAAAAAAAUUGUCCAACGAGGUCGAGAAAUAAACUGUUUGGAAGUAGGUGCGACAUAGUUAUUUUUGUUCUUCAAAGUAUACUUUGACAUCGCCAUUCUAGAUUAUAUUUAUCAUAGAAUUUUUUCCUAUGUAAAUAAUAGAAAGUUUUUUUUUCUUUUUUUUUCCUUUAUAAACAUAUCUUCAAAAUUUUUUGUAUCCUGCAUAAUCCUGGUGGAUCCAAAUUACGGUAAAUUACCAAAAUCUACUGUAAACUACGGUAUUCAUAAAAAUUACGAUACUGUACCACAAACUACGCUGGAUUUAUGGUAAAACGUAUGACUAAAGUCGGUGUUUCUCGGUAUUCCGUAUAAGAAUGUAUCUUACGUGUGGUAAUUUUACGGUCAGAAUUCGGUGUUUAACGGUGAAACACAGUAUUUAGCAAAAUGAAGGUAUACAGUCAUAAAAACGCGAUAUUGUGCCUUUCCGAAAAAAAUUCAGAUUCAAUGAAAUUUGUUUACUUUUCAAUCGUUUUACUUUUUUUGAAUUCAAGAUCUACAUUGACAUCACUGACGUAUUCAAGUCUGAGUAGACUUACUACAGACACUUCGAUUUCAGUAAAUUUUCUUAGAUCAAAAAUUUUUAUCGAUUUUUUUUUCUUACAAGGUCCCGAAGUCUCUAUCAAGAUUAAAAUAUUGAAUUUAUACAAUUUCAUAAUUUAUGUUUUUGACGUAACCUAUUAUGAUACGGUAGCAUGGCGUAAAAUACAGUAUUCUACAUUACUUUUACCGUAAAUUACGGCAUUUCCACGUAAAGUACGAUAUGGUACUGUAAAGGCAGUAUUUUACCGCGCGGAGAAACAUGGAUAUAAUAAAUGGACGAAUUUUUAUCAUGCUAUCAACCAAACUUGAAACAGGAAGUUGAAUUACCAAAAAAUGAUUAUGCUGUACUAUAAUUAUUAUUGUGAACCUCUAAAAAUUUUUUAUUCUCUACUACAAUUCCUAUUUUAGAUAAAUAAUCUUCACUACAAUCUAUCAAUAAGUUUUGAGUGCAUAACAUUUUGCGUAAUGCAGCAUAGUAAUUAUUUGGCGACUCAACUUCCUGUUUCAAGUUUGGUUGACAGCAUAAUAAAAAUUCAUUCAUUUUUUAUGUUCAUUUUUCUCCGUCCGUAGAGUACGGUAUCUCACGAUCUUACAAUAAGAUACUGUAUUUUGUGGCAAAAUGCCGUGCUUUACGGUAGAACACCGUAAUUAUUGGUAUUUAUCGUAAAUAUAUAUAAUUUGAUAUGUUUAGAUACAAUAAAAUCCGUUUAGAUAUAUAAUAAUUACUGACUUCAGUUAGAAACAGUGACUUCUCGUGCCGCCAUGUACACGCAAUAUACGUGUUGAACGUGUAUACUGCCGUGUUCCCGGAUUUGAUCCACAUGGUUCGUAAUAGUUUUUGGAUCGUUGUUUUGUGUAUUCGAGUAUGUCAGUUUUUAAAUAUAUAUGUAAAAAGUAUAUUAAUAAAUUAUAUUUUGUAACGUAAAGAUCAUUGUUAUUAUAUUUAUUUCUAUAAUGUUUGAAUAAAAACAUGUAAAACAUGAUAUUUUACAAUAAGAUCCGUAAGGUAAAUGUCCCAAUACCGGAACGACGAAGGGUAUACGACUGAUUUUUAUCGUUUUAAAAAUAUUCAAAUAGAUUAUAAACCAAAAUAAUUAAUUAUAUCAUAUAGAAUAGACAUUUACCUAUUCGAAAAUAAUCAAAUUAGUUUAUUUUUCUUAAAUUUGAUACAAAAAAAAAAAAAUUUGUUCUAUGACACCCAAAAGACCCAAUACCGGAACGCUGAAAUAGCCUUGUCCCAAUACGGGAAUUCGGUUGUCCUAAUACCGGAACUGUAAUAAAAUGAGUUAUUUUUUGCAUUCAUUCAUUGUGAAAAUAUUAACAAUUAUUAAAUAAUAUUAAUGUAAAACGAGUGUGAAUGUAACAGACAUCAGACAAAUUUAAAAUUAUAAAUAAAUGAGGUAAAUAAUUAAAAAAAUAAUAUUUAUAAAAAGAGCACUACUAAUUUCAAAAUUUUUGGAAUGCGCAUUUUUUAAAAUUUUAUUUUGGUAAUCAUCUAUAUCCGGGCUAACCACAUUUUUCGAUGUUUCAAGUGCUUACACAUUAAAAAUCUAUAAUUAAAUUUUUUCCACGUGUUCUGCUACACGGCGGAUUAAAUUUUCUGUAUGCAUUUAUGUCUAUAACACAAGAUAUCUAUCCGAACCUUGUAACUAAAGGGUGCAAAAUUGAUAAAAAUGGCAGAAAUCAUGCAAAUUUUCCAAUAUAAAUUUAUUAAAUUUCUAAUAAAUACUAAUAAUUAAUUUUAUUAAUACCGUAAGAUGGACGGUGGUGAUAGAAAGGUCUAACUAAGAGCUACAAAGAUUUUUGAACUCUUGUAAUAGUGGAAAAUCGGCAUAUUUCUGUUAUUUCAAUACACUAACGGUGUACAACAGCUCACUUAGCACUUUGUUGCAAGUAGUUUGGACGGUAUCCGCCUUCCUUUGCUAGUACACGGAAAAAAAAUUCACGGAUUUUUUACGAUUUAACUAUCGUAAUUUUCAUUAUAUAGUAUUGUAACGCUGGACUAUAAGUUUUCAAUAAUAAUUUUUACAAUAGACUAUCGUAAUUUUUAUUUUAUAAUUUAUACUACUACCAGAAAGAAAAAAUCAGAUACUAUAGAGUAAAUUAUACAAGUUGUGUUAACAUAAAUUCUAAUACAACUAUCGUAAAAUGAAUGAGUCGGUAAUGUAGAAUUUCUUUAAAUAUAAAAUAAUAAUUAGAAGUCAAUGGAGUAAAAUAUAU